ACCAAGCCACUUACGUAUCGUUUUAUUCGUUUUCUCAAAUAGAUCCUAAAUUUAGUGGUAUUUAAUCCCAUUCUUCCGUUAAAAUGAAUGAAGUUGGAAACUUAGAAAUAAGCUGGAUUCAAGGAUUUACGAGAGACAAUGUGGAGUUUGUGGAUAACAACACCGUGUGUUACACGUGUGGGGAUCACAUCUGCUUCCUGAACCUGGAGACAAAAACGCGGAGUGUGCUUGAGAGUCCCGGCAGAGGCGUCGGUGCGCUGGCAGCUAACGGCAGAAGAGGAGCGCUUGCUUUCUCCGAGAGGAAAGUGUCUCCGUCCAUAUUUGCGUAUGACUUUCCUGGAUUAAGUUUAAAGAGCGAGCUGAAAGGAAAUGCACAACUGGACUAUACGUCUUUGACGUUAAGCGAUGGAGGUCCUUAUUUGGGCAGUUGCUCCUCGUUUCCGGAUUUCUCCAUCACUGUGUGGGACUGGGAAAAGGCUGAGAUGCUCUGCACACAGUCACAAGCAGGACAGGACGUCGUUUCCUUAGAGUUCAACCCGACGAACUGGCUCCAGCUGUGUGCUUUGGACACCACAACCCUCACAGUCUGGAAGAUAGAAAGGUGUGGGCACUUCCACCUGAUGAAACCCAGUUCAAUACAGCUUCCAGCAGCCAAUGGUUCCUUUGCAGAGGAACUCCCUCCCGCUCCCACUAAGAACCCGAGCCGCUUCGUACCAGAGACGAGGCUGCCAGCCAUUUCAGCGCUCUCCAAGGAGAAACCUUCUUUGCUGCCCACCAGAGGCACGAUAACGCCGUCUGCCCUAUGUUGGACGGCCACAUCACAGCUUUACGUGGGCUGUGCCGAAGGCUACCUCCUCCUUGUCGACUCGGAGAGCCUCUCGGUCUCCGUCCUUUUCAACCCUGCAGCCGCCGAUGCCCCGCCUGACCUCCGAAGCUUCUGCUUUCAAGCUUUGACCCUCAGUGGCGACGGUCUUAUUGCAGUAGGAACGGAGAGAGUGGCCCACUGCCUGCAGAUCAGCGGGACUCAGACCAGCAUCACACAAACAUGGCAGUUAGAGACGCCUGUCUCCACCGCAGUACUCGCCCCCGACAAUGAAACAUUACUUCUGUCCUCCAACACGGGGCAGCUCUACCUGCUGAAGCCAGCCGAGUCAGAGCGGGCCGAGAAGGUCCUGGAUGUUCUCAGCGGCAACUUCUUGACAGCUGCCUUGUUGUGCACUGACAAGACCGUCUGUGUGUCGUUGCGGGAGCGCGGGGUUCUGCAGCUGUGGUCCUCCGACGGCGCCUGCCUCGGCUCCCUGCCCCUACAAACGGAGGUGACGAGUCUUGCCUGCUGUCCCGUUGCACGUUACGCGGCCGUUGGGGCGGCUUCAGGGAAAGUGCUCUUCGUUGACCUGAACGAUGAGGAGCAGCUUUGCCUAGUGCAUGAGGUCUACCUCUACCACGCCGCCGUGGCUCAUCUAGUUUUUGAUCAAGAAGGACACUACCUCCUCUGCAGUGGAUCGGAUUUACAUCUUUAUGUACUCGACGCAAGACCAUCAGCAAGGUUUUCCGUUAUAGGAUACAUUGAUGUUCCUGGCUGCGUUUUGUCCCUUUCCACUCAGUGCCUGGGCGGCAGUGAGGAAGUGAAGGUUCUCGCGCUGUGCGCUGCACAACAGGACACAACCGAUGGUGGCAGCAUGCUGAUUGUGCUCUCUCUGCCUGUCAGCAGUAUUGCAGAGUGCGUGGACCGCCGUGGUUGUCUGCACCUCCCCAAAGCGUCCAGCUACAACGUGCUCCAUCCCCUGACCUCCUGUGCUCUCGGGGUCGGUGAGGUCUUUGCUUAUUGCCACAGGAACAAAGCUCUUCAGCGAUUCCAGCUUCCUGAGGACGCAGAUGGUCUCUCCAGCCGACAGAUGGUCCAGCUGAAACCAGGGGAGGAAGUGAAAGGUCACCCGCUGGGCCCCGCCUCUCUCCUUCUGUCCCCUGACUGCAUGUGGCUGGCCUCUGUGGGACGAGAUGGCUUACUGCGGAUCAGACCAACCGCCUCUAUGGAGCAGUACUGUGAGCUCCGGUGUCACUCGUGCCGCCUGGGCGGAGUUCGGAGUGUGUCCUUCUCUGCAGACGGCCACUCAGUCGUCACCACCGGCUUCAGAGACGGUUCUCUCCAGUGCACUAUCCUCAGACCUUCAUGCGCAGCUAAAGAUGCCUACGAGGAAAAGAAUAAGGAUUUGAUGCGGUACCACCGGGCCGCGGCUGUGACCUUGAAGGCUGCAUUCGAGUGUGAAAACCCCGUCCUGAUGAACCUUCCUGUGUGGGGCCAGGAGACGCCUGUCAGCAGCAGCACAACAGAGGAACAGGAGGUCAGCUGCGCACCGUCGAUCGACGUGACGGAGCAGGAUGAGCGUUACCUUCCCACUGCCCCAAACCCGAUCGCCACGUGGCUGGAAAGCAAACAAGAAGCAAUUGUGAAAGAGGACAACAAGCAGUUUUCAGAAACAAAGAGAAACCUGAGAGAGACCGUCAGAGAGUUACGGGCAACUAUUCACAAAAUGCUACGUGAGAACGAAAGCCUCCCAGAAGAGCAGUUUAACCUGGACCUGGAGGAGCAGAGGAGACUGGAGGCCACGGUGGAGCAGGAAGCCGAGAGGGUGAAGGCUGAAAUUGAGCAGGACAUCAUGAAGAAGUGGUACCUCUGGGAUGUCCUGAGGCGAGAAUGCUGGGAUUCUGUGAUGAUCAAAUCUCGGAGGAUCGACGCCUUCCACUCUGAGAUGUCUGUGAAGAACUAUCCCCUCAGGGAGCGAGCCGAGAAGGAGCAGGAGGACCUCCGCAGGGUUCAGAACAUGAGGAAGAUUGAAAAGGCUGCGUGCAGACCGAGCGGCCCGAAGAGAAGCAGCAGCGACGCGGAGGAGGAGCGGCAGGAGGAAGGCCAGGAGGCAGAGAGUGCUGCUCUGAUUGGAAGCUUCUCGGCUCAGUUGGGAUAUUCCAGCCCUUACACCUACAACCAGUUCAGCCUGCAGACCGUCGAGCAGAGGAUCAACCAGAUAAUACUGCUACAGGAUUUGAUUUAUGGCAUCAAGAUGGCUUUCAACUCAGACUUCGAAGCUCUGCACAGGAGGAAGGUGCAGGAGCUCAGGCGUCUGGAGGACAGGAACAAACUCGUCAGGGAGAUCAUGCUGGAGCUGGACUUGAAGCAGAAGCUGUGGGAGCCCAGCCUGAGCGACGGCGAGCGGCCCGAGAGGCUGCUGACCGUGGACGACUCCGAGAUCAAAGCAGAGAAAUACCUCACCCCGGAGCAGAAGAAGCUGGAGGAGAGGCGGAGGCUGGAGAAGGAGGCCAUGACUGCACGAGGUGACGACAGCAGAGAAAGAGCUCUCGACGACAUGAUGGAGGGCGUCCUCGAAGUGAAGAAAGUGGACAUUUUAAAAAUGGAAAUUCCUCCUCCCGAGUUUGCUUUGACAAAACUUGAAAUCCAGUGGAGCGAAGAGGAGAAAAAGCUCUACAAAGAAUAUGAAAAGAACACAAAAGACCUAAAUGAGGAGAAGGAGACAUAUAAAAGGACAUUGGAAGUGGAGAUGAAAAAGCUGCAGGAAUCCAUCAAAGAUGCAACGGAAAAGUUCGACGAGUCACUCUCGAAGCUGUUUGAGAAGAAAGUACAGUGCACGUUGGCCAUAUAUCAGGAAGAGCUGAAGAUCACCCACCUGGCCGACGCGGUGCUCUCGGUUGAGGAGAUGAACAACCAGGAGCAGGAGCUCAGGCUCAAACUUGAACGCGUGUUGGCAUACAAGAUGACUACAGAGAAAGACUUGAAGAGACACGAGGACGAGGUGGAGCAGUUUCAGUACGAAUAUGACAACAUCGUGGCUGAAGACAAAGUUCUGGACAAUAACUUCAGGAAGGGGUUUAAAGAUCUGCCACAACACAAGAUUGAGGAACUUUACAAACUGUUCAGACGUAGACCCAGGGUACAAAGGCUGAGGGCCCAGAUGGAAAACGCCUCCAACUUGUUUAAGCAGCCCCGUCCGAACAGCUCUCAGGCUCCUGACGGACUCAGCCAAAUGUUUAAAGCCAUGGAGGAGCUGGAUGCUCCAGAAAACAUGCCCGAAGAAAUCAACCUGUCCACCUGGCAGAGAUUCUGCUUUGUCCGCAAAACAAAAGUCGAGAGCGAACAGAAGAUUAAAAUGGAGGCUUUGAAUCUUGCUGAGAUGCAGGCCUUCCUGCACAGAAGGAGAGAAGAAGAUCAUGCUGCCCAAGAAGAGAUCAAACAGGUUUUUGAAGCACUCCUGAGCCUGCAGAACAAGAGGAACCAGCAUCUUAUCAACACUACGGUCCAAGUCAUACUGAAACAGGGACAGGUGGAGACGUCCUCCACGGCGCCGACGGCUGACACCGCCGGGACCGACUUCAUCCUUUUCCACAGAAGCGUGGGUGACAACCUGAGAAAGAACAUCAGGACACUUGCAGAGCAGAAGGUGGCGUCCAUGGAGGCCCGCAGAGAGAUCCGCAAGUACGUCAUCCAGCUGGAGUGGGAACAGCGGGUGAUGAAGAAGAAGAUGGACGACUUAAACGACAAGAAGAAGGACAUCAAGAUGCUUCGCCUCUCAGAGGAGCAGCAGGACAUGAAGUAUCGCAGCAAGAAGGACCAGAGCGCUCGCAUGCUGGAGAAAAUUUCCACAAUGGAGAAAAGCAUUGCUUUCAUGAUAAAGACCCAUCAGAAGAGCGUUCAGCAGCGCAUGAGGAAGCUGGAGCGGAUGAACAGAAAGCUGAUGAAGAUCAAAGAGAGCAGUGCUAGUCUAGAGCAGGAGCUUCCCGGCACGCAGGUGACCGUGGCGGAGCUGAGGAACGUCUACGAAGCUGCAGCCACAGAGGAGAACGAGGUCGCGGAGAGAGAAGAGCGCUACCAGGAGGUCCUUCAGAGGAGCAACCUGCAGGACCUGGCAAGGGUUCAGUCGGAGGACCUGGACCUCCUCUGGAAAGAAGUGGAGCGUCUGGAGAGGAGGAACUUUCCCUCGCUUGAUGAGCUGCAAUACAACUCAUGAGAAAACACCUUUAUUUACACAUCUCUGGG